CAGUCAACUAUGGAACAAAGGUAAUUCGUCAUAAGAUACUGUACAGGUUAACUUCUUUGUAAAGACCUUUUUUCUCUUUCAUUUGCUUUUGGUAUGAAGGUGUAGUUGGAUGCAGGCUCUGGCAAAAUUAAUUGCAGUCUGUGGUCCUUAUAAUCGGAUGACUGCUGGAGCCUACAGUCUUUUAGCUGUUGUUCUCUACCAUACUGGUGACCUUAAUUAGGUAGCUUUCAGAUAUUUGUGUCACUGAAGGCCAUGGUUCUUAUGAUAUGGACUUAUGGAGUAUCUUACGAUCUGUUAUGUGCCAUGGUUCUCUCUUUUCUGAUAUCUUAAAAGGAACCUUGUUAAAUGGUCUAUUUGAGUAAAAUUGAGCAGAUCAAUUAUGUUUUUACCAAUCCAAUGUCAAAAAUACACCAUUAUGGACAAUUUAAAUUUGCCAAGUCCAACGAUCUGAAAUUUGGAGAAUUGUAAUGUAAAGUUUGUGUCAUGGGUGAUUAUGUUCCGAGUGAUUGAAACCGUUUUUUGUAAUUCAUAUUUCAUAAUAUUGACAUGUAAUUCUGUUGGAAAUUUAGUUGGUAGCUAAUUUAUGCCUUGAAUAAGUGCAUGCAGGACCAUUAGUGGGUCAUGAGGUUGAAACAGAUCAAAGAGCGAUAAACCACAGUUCAAUAUUUUAAUACAGCAUUUGUGUUCCUGACUUGUGUCCUCUUUUAGUAGAUCAAUGUCUAAUUCUAAUUGGAUUUAUCUGUUUUUUAAUGGCUUUUGCAAAGAUCUGAAUCGAGUUAAACCAUGAAACAGUAUUCUACCACUAUGGUUUCUUACGCUAAGAUGAAUAUUAUAAUAUGCUAUAUGGUGUUUUUUACUAUUUAAAAUUUUAUAUAUCACUUCAAUUAUUAGGGAUGACUUUUAGGAACUUUCUGUUAUAAAUUUUGAACCUGUGCUCCUGUCUUUGGCUGGGAUUAUACUAAAUUAUUGCAACUUUUAGGCCACAACUUAUCAGCAGAAGGCAUUGGACAUAAAUGAGAGGGAGCUUGGAUUGGAUCAUCCAGAUACAAUGAAGAGCUACGGCGACCUAGCUGUUUUUUACUACAGGCUUCAACAUACUGAAUUGGCUCUAAAGUAUGUGAAACGUGCGUUGUAUCUUGUGCAUCUUACUUGUGGACCAUCUCAUCCAAACACAGCUGCUACAUAUAUUAAUGUGGCUAUGAUGGAGGAAGGCCUGGGAAAUAUACAUGUGGCACUUAGAUAUCUUCAUAAAGCUUUGAAAUGCAAUCAGAAGUUGCUUGGUCCUGACCACAUUCAGACCGCAGCAAGUUACCAUGCGAUAGCUAUUGCACUAUCCUUGAUGGAAGCAUAUCCUUUGAGUGUUCAACAUGAGCAAACAACAUUACAAAUACUUAGAGCAAAGCUUGGUCCAGAUGACUUGCGUACUCAGGAUGCUGCUGCCUGGCUUGAGUACUUUGAGUCAAAGGCUAUUGAGCAGCAAGAAGCUGCUCGAAAUGGUACGCGGAAGCCUGAUGCAUCUAUUGCCAGCAAAGGCCACCUGAGAUGUGCCAACUGAAUUUUCUACUUCCACUAAAAUGAUGAAUAUCCUAUGCCUGAUCUCCUUGAUUUCAUUGAUUCCAACCAAGAUGGUAGAGGAAGAGAUGCUGAAUCCCUGAAGAGGAAGAAUCUGGGUUUAAUGCCCCAAUAAUAUGUUGAGGCAAAGGAAGACGAGAGACGUGAACGGGAUGCAAUUACGAGGGACGACGAUGAUGAUUCCUCGUGGAAAAGACACGCAAUUAGAUGGAGAUUACGAAAAGAAAUGGCAUUCCACUUGCAAAAACUGUACAUGAUUUCUUUAUUAAUCUCCACGAGUUAAGCUAAGGUGGAUGACUUUCCUGGGAUUGGACUCCAUCCCAAUUCCCAAUUAACAGCUUGUAACAUAUCAACCAAUUAUGAAAGGAAUUAAUGAUUUAUUAUUGGUAAUUUAACUUGAA